AUGAUGCAUAAUGAGGGACCUCCGGCCUCCCAAAUCUUGAAUGAUUCAUCACUUCAUAAUAAGCCCGAUGGCUUACGAUCGAAGGCAAAGGCAAAAGCCAAACGCCUGUUGAGGAUUGACGAUAGCGAUUUCACAUUCGAAGAUAAUGAAAAAGACGAAUUUUUUGACGCUGUGGUGGAGAAGAUCAAUCAGAGCCCAGCUUUCAACGCAGGCAAGCACGCCAAGGACGCUCAACAUGAUGGCGAUGAUGAGGAUGCGAUUGAGGACCAUCAAAAUAAUAUUGACUACUUCGAAAAGAGAGUUGACAAAAUCCAGCGAACCCGAGAGGAAAUGCGAGUUGCUUGGGUUACGGCCAGACAUGUUCACCGUGUUCGAGCUAUUGAUAGUAUUCCUCCGUCAUUCCCGCCCAUUCAGCAUUUUGAAAUGAAAGAUGAUCAUCGGUUCACAGAACUCAAAUGGGAAAAAUGGAUUGGAUAUAAACUUCUUCAUGGCUCACGCCCUUUCGCCGCGCAAUAUAUCGAUGAUCAUGAAGAACUUCUUUCUGAUAUAGACACUUUUCGCAGACACAUAGAAAGACUGAUUAUAGUUAGUGCUCCAUUGCAGGAAUUGGCAGUCGAUAUCAGGAAGAUUUACAGAUGGGAGGACAAUCGGCGAACAUCUAAAUGGUUGAUAUCAUAUCUAUUUCUUUGGUAUAAAUCAUAUUUAAUGUCAUAUUUGUAUGCGUAUAUUGUCUACGCGACUUUAAAGAACUACUAUUACCCUUCAUCAGUGUCUGCGUUGCGGGAUGAGUUUUCAAGAAAUAUUGAUCGAGGAACUACAGCUCUGAAGGCCGGAGAGCUCAUGGACCAGCAUGGAAGCAAAGACUGGCUAGGCCCUCUUUUGGACAAAAUUGGCCCAUAUCUACAGUUACAAAUUGCGGAUUUGGCCAACUUACUUGAGGUCUACGACAGUUUUAUUCACUUUCGUCGCCCACAGAAGACCUUUUACUCUCUUUUCCUUUUUGUAGCCGUGUUUCUACUUAGUGCAUGUGCUUCGAUGCAGUUUACCAUGAAGGUAUCUUGGGUUGUGGUCGGUCUCAUAUUUUUUGGCUGCUGGCCCAUUAGCUCUUUGUAUCCUCGAUAUCGCCUACUUGUUUCGCCGCUCAAGUGGGCUUUUUGGGAUAUUCCCACAUACCCAGAAUGGUCUUUCCAAUAUCUCCAGGAACGCGGAUUGUCUGUCUUAAGAGAAAUCAACUUAAACGCAUUGGAGAAAUCAACUGACCGAUUUGACAGUCCGGAGGUGAUGAUGAGACCAGUGGGCGAUGAUGCAAAUAGUUCCAAAGCCGAGACGAUUAAUUUUCAAACUCUUGGUAUGGGCACUAUGCAUGAAGAAUCUAAAGAUAUUAUGUCAUUUCGUUGCAUUUUGCAUCAUGUUCCAGGACAUAUCAUAAUUUCCACCAAAAUCAUUCGUUUUGAAGCUUUAGGUCAUAACAUUUUGCCCUGCAAAUCGUUCAAUAAGCCAUACAGCGAGUUAAUAGAAAUGUCAAAACAACAGACGAAAGAAUUACUGUUGGCUCCACUAGCGAAAAUGACUAUCGGAAAAGAUAAACUAGAGCUGAAAUUUCGCGGGGAAGCUGGUGGCGAUAUGCACAGUGCUAGCCACGAUGAGCAUGUGGUUGUACUACUCGAAAAUAUGAGGGGAAGGGAUAAGGCAUUCAAUAGUAUUAUAGGCUUCAGCGGGGUGAGAUGGCAGUGUUUGCAAAAGGCAUCGGGAAAACUUGCUAAAAUGGAGAAUGGAACAUCGAAUGCGAGCCCUACUUAG